AUGUCGAGGCCGACUCGGCCUUUGGCAACGCCAACACCCAGGACUUCCUCCACCUCACAAGACCAAGGGGGUUUGGACUCACCGUUUCAGUAUACCCCACGGCAAUCCACUCCACGACAGACUGCCACUUCCCGUCCUUUAUCGUCAACCUCUAGCUCUAGUCAAUCUCUAUCUACUCCUGCGCAAAAGAUCGUUUCCGGAACACCUCGGAAUGUAGCGAUGUUGAGACAGACCGAUAGGAGUGAUGGGGAAGGUUACAGGUCGGACAGAAGCAGCAGAGAAGGAUCGACAUCAGGUUCGGGUACGGACGAGGUUUUUGGAGCGGGAGGAGUUAGAGGAAGGGGAUUUGUCGGGACGAACGCAAGAAAGACUCUCAGCGGACCUGGAACACACAGCUUCGUCGCCCCAUGGAAGGCUCCUGCACCAACUCACCAGACCCCGACACCCUCAUCUUCACAAGCCGCCAAAGAUGUCACACCUCGUCCUGCCCAAUCGGCUUCUAUGGCUGGUCAACAGCAACGCCAACUCGGUGUUACGGGCGUCCUCGAAAAUCGUCUAAGGGGUUGCUUCCGCGUAUUUACUUCCGUCGCGACUACGUGGCGAGUCACAGGUUUCUAG